CUGGGAAGGCCGGAAAUUGCCCUGUCAGGAGCCCCGGUGGAUCGCUCAAACGCUUGGUGCCCGUUGCUUUUGACCACGGCUUGCUUGCUUGCUAAGAUCGUGUUUCACUUUCGGGCAAAAGCCUGCUCAAAAUGCAAAGUGAGAACCUGGGACCAGUAAAUUACUAUGUUGGAAUUGAUGUUGGCACAUCAAGUGUCCGUGCGGCUUUGGUGGACCAGUUUGGCACCGUAAUGGCUUAUGCAGACCAUCCAAUUCAAAUUUGGGCACCACAACCUAACUAUUAUGAACAAUCUUCUGAUGACAUUUGGGCAGCUUGUUGUAUAGUCACAAAGAAAAUUACCCAAGGAAUAAAUAUUUCCCAAAUUCGAGGACUUGGCUUUGAUGCUACCUGCUCCCUUGUUGUUUUGGAUAGCCAUUUUCAUCCUUUGGCAGUCAACUCUGAAGGAGAACAUAAAAGAAACAUCAUCAUGUGGAUGGACCAUCGUGCAGCUAAUCAAGUAACGCGCAUCAAUGAGACACAGCAUAAUGUGCUAUCCUUUGUUGGUGGUGCGAUGUCAGUUGAAAUGCAGCCACCUAAAUUGCUAUGGAUGAAAGAAAAUUUGCAAGAGUCUUGCUGGGAAAAAGCAGGGCACUUCUUUGAUCUUCCGGAUUUCUUAUCAUGGAAAGCAACAGGUGCCACAGCAAGAUCUUUGUGUACACUUGUAUGUAAAUGGACAUACUCCUCAGAAACUGGCUGGGAUGAUAGCUUUUGGAAAUCAAUUGGAUUAGAAGAUAUGAUGGCAAAUAAAUAUUCAAAAAUAGGAAAUGAAGUUCUCCCUCCAGGAACUCCAGUUGGAAAUGGAUUAACAGCGGAAGCUGCAGAAGAUCUUGGUCUGUCUAAGGGGAUUGCUGUAGCUGCCUCACUUAUUGAUGCACAUGCUGGAGGAUUAGGUAUGAUUGGAGCCAACGUGAAAGGAUAUAACUUGCCCUGUGAAAAUCAGCCAAUUACUUCCCGACUGGCUGUAAUAUGUGGGACAUCAUCAUGCCACAUGGCAGUUAGCAAGUCCCCUAUAUUUGUCUCUGGUGUUUGGGGACCCUAUUAUUCAGCAAUGGUUCCAGGAUUGUGGCUAAAUGAAGGAGGCCAAAGUGUAACAGGGAAACUGCUAGAGCAUAUUGUCCAAGGACAUGCUGCUUUCCCAGAACUACAAACAAAAUCUGAAGCCAGAGCUCAAAGUAUAUAUACAUACUUGAAUGGUCACCUGGAUCUGAUUAAGAAAUCUUUGCCUGUGGGUUUGCUCACUGUUGAUUUACAUGUUUGGCCAGAUUUCCAUGGCAACCGAUCUCCCCUUGCAGAUUUGACUCUAAAGGGCAUGGUAGUGGGUCUGACACUGUCUCAAAGUCUUGAUGAUCUUGCUCUUAUUUAUCUAGCUACAGUUCAAGCCAUUGCGUUGGGAGCCAGGCAUAUUGUUGAAACAAUGCAAGUCGCAGGGCAUCAUAUCAACACUCUCUUUAUGUGUGGCGGUCUGAGCAAGAACCCUCUCUUUGUCCAAAUGCACGCGGACAUCAUUGGCAUGCCUGUUGUUCUAGCCCAAGAAGUGGAGUCUGUGCUAAUGGGUGCUGCUAUUCUUGGAGCCUGUGCUUCUAAAGACUUUGCUUCCCUGCAGGAUGCUAUGGAGAAAAUGGAGAAAAUUGGCCGGAUUGUGCUGCCAAAUCACAAGGAUAAAAGGUUAAAAACAUGAACACAAAAUGAACUCUGGCAAAAUGAAUCUAGAUUUAAGAUGACUCGGAAAAAGUGACAGUGAAACAUCUUUUCAACACAUGGAGAAUUCCAAUACUGUGAUUCAUUCAGAUUCCUGUUGCUUUAAAUCUCCUACCAGUCAGGACACCCUGACAAUUUUUUCUUUUGUAGUUGGGAAAUCAAAAGGAGCUAGGUCAUUAGCCAUGAGGAAAUAAAAGGUCACAAAGGGAUGGGCCUAGAUUAGAUUAUUUGAACCAAUACUCUCUGGUUUUGAAAUGGCCAAAGAUUCUUCCCUUGUUUACACAUUGGUCCCAGCACAUGCUUCUAUUUUUAGAAAGUGGCACAGCCUCUCUAAUGCAUUUGGAUUAAGUUUCCUACUGAAUGCAAUGGAUAUUUGAUAUGAACUAUACUGGCUGCUGUUUUGAAAUAAGAAUUCUUAAAACACAUCAGAUACUCUCUGGAAAUAUGAUAACCUGCAAGAAAACAAUCCUGGUGAUAUUUGGGGUUGUUAACCCCAAUAACUGCAGAUAGUGAAAUAUCACUAGCCAGCAAAUGCAAGAGGAUUUAUCUACCUGCUCUGUAAAGUCGUAGAAUUUAUGACCUAGCUUUUAAGUAGUUCAAUUAUACUUCAGUCCCCUGAUUGACCAAUUCCUAGCUCACUUCGGUCUAUCACUCAUAACAGAAUACUGUGUGUGUGACUUUAGUAGUAAGAGCCUAAGUAUUAGAACCAUUGAAAUGAACAUGGAACCCCGCAUGUUACAUUUAUACUUCAUAAUUAUAUAAGACUGUAUACCUUAGUAGUUUGUUAGAGGAAUGUGACCCUUUUUCUGGUUUACAAUCAGACAUCUUGAAUCAGGGGCAUUAGCAGUGGGUGGAGGGUGGAGUUUCAAAAGUCAAGAUAGCAUUGUAAUUGUGGAGCCAAGUUCCAUCUCUGUGUUUACAUUGACCAUGGUGGGGUCCAAACUCAAGGGCUUGAUAGGACAAAGGAACAUUGUAUAACAUUGUAACACAAAAAAAACAAAUAUUUGCUUGCUAAAGAAUGACAAUGGGUAUACUUCAGACAUUGUCCCUCACACUGUCUAAAUAAAUACAAUGACAGCUGAAACAACUUAUCUGUGAUAACAACUACAAAAUUCCUGGCAGCCUCCUUUUACAUUACUUUAUCUAAUGUUCUAUAGAAUUUUACAUGGUUUCAGGAAGUGUGGGGGAGCGCAGAAUUUUGCUGUAGUGCCUCAAUUAAUGUGACAAGUUUCAUAUUCCUUUGCAUUUCUCCUGUCCAACAGUUGCUAAAAUCCUUCUCUCACCUUUUUAUAGUCUGAAGUAGGAAAUAAAAUGGAUUUGUACAUAUUACCAAGGUCUCCUCUAAGGAAAUUCAAGGGUAUUUUUUGGUGUUUCAUUAUUGCAAUUUGCCAAAAACUUCAGGCAGAGAGUCCCUAUUUACUGUAUUUUUCUCUGUGUAAGAUACUUUUUCUUAAAAAUAUUUACCUAAAAAUGGAGGAGCAUCUUAUACAUGGGGGGAGCUGAGAAGAGAACCAUGGUUGUGAAACUGCCGAUACCUUAUCUCUGCAAACUAGCCUCAGGAGCAAAACUUCAUAUUGCAGAGACAAGCUCACAGGUUUCCUCCAAUCGUGAGCCUUAUGUAACUGACAUCAGCUGAUGCUGUAGAGAGGGUGUAGCCAGUGCCCAGAUGUGACAGGGUGUGGUAAUGUUGGAGUGUUCUGAGCCCAUAAAAAUGUCAGAAAACAAAAAAAAUAAAUACCGCUACCGGUAAGCGAAUGUCUUACUCUGCAAAAUAAAUAUCUUCUAUUUAAUGUUUAAAAUAUUUAUUUCUGAAUGUUGGGUAAGAAAAAUGGGGGGGGGGGCAUCCUAUAUAUGGAAGGGUCUUAUAGACAGAAAAAAUAUGGUAACUGAAUCAGAACAACAUCACAGCAAUAUUGUGCUGAUCAGUAGGUAUUGUUUAACUGAGUUUAGCAAAGAAGAGGCCUAUUGCAUUCUUCUUGAUUAUAAAUAUUGUCAAGUCCUUUAACUUGUUGGGCUUUAUGCUUUUUCCAUAGAUUUUAUGACAAGAAAUACCAAGUGUUUCUAAAACUUGUGGAAGAUCAAAGAAAAUAUAAAUCCAUCAUGCUGAAUGCAUAGACAGCAUAUUAGAGGUCUGACUGAUUUCUUUGACUUUCUUGAUUAGCUAUAUACAUUAAUGAGAAACAUUAUAGUAAAAUUAAAAAAAUACUUUAUAUCCUGUUGAAUAUGAACAGAGAUGUAUUUUAUUAAAGUGAUAUCAUGGUACAAACUUGUCAAAUCUACUUUUCUUGAAUCAGUGUCUUAACCAGAACUGCAACUACCAUUCAGCAUUCAAUUUUUUCAUAAUUGCAUAAUCUGUUAAAAAGCUUGCAAAAAAUAUGUGUAUUAGGCAAAAGUGUAUAAAAUAUAUCAAUAAAAUAUGCAAAAUGCAUACUUUUUAAAAUUUGUAAAUUUACGUGAAAAUAAAAUAAAUUGAAGCUUGGGAGAGAGAAUGUCAUAAUUAUACAGUAAAUGUACCUUCAUUGGUCAAGCUUUCUAUUUAAUGUCAAAAACUAAAUUGGAGAAAGAUUUCAUUCUUGUUGCUUAUUGUUGUUUCCAGUAACAAAAUCAAGAGUCAUAAUGUGACAAUAUGAGAGCCAAAAAUUAAGAAGACGUACUCUUAAUGAACUUUGUAGAAUAAAUUGCUGCAGAAGAGAAUAGAUAUAAUUUUUCACCAUAUUUUUUUCAAUUCAUUAUCAGUGUACUUUUAAAUGUAUCUUAAAACUCAUUUGCCAGCCCUUCAAUGUAGACUAAGUCAGAAAACAGAUUGUUGGACUCUUGUUAUACAAGAAUGUUGGAGGAGCUUGCUUUUUGCUAGAGUAACAAAAUGUUAAAAAUCUGGUUGUGUUUUCCUAUCCAUCUUUCAGGGAGUUAAGGCAGAAUCCGUUUGAGUUUCUUUCUCAUGUCCUUGAUUUCUGGGUUUAAUAAAUGCAUAGUUUGUUCAAGGUGAUCGUUGUGGCUCUAGUAUUGCAGAUUGUUCUUAUCCAAAUUAAUAAAGAUCAUUUAUACAUUUUUCUACUAUCUCAAUUCAGUUAUUUUAACUGAUCAGUUUAAUCUGAAACUUGCUCAAUUAUUCAAAGCUCUA